UUUCUGUUCAUCACUGAUUAUUAAUUGUAUCCGUGGCUCUGAGGUAUUAAAUGAGCACGACAGUCAUUUUCAUUGUCGAAAUACUAUUAGUGGAAUUUAAGAGACCAAGAUCGUAACACUGACAAAAUGACUAAGGUCUUCCUCACCGGUGUCACAGGCUACAUUGGCGGUGACGCUCUAUACGCACUUCACAAGAAGCAUCCCGAGUUCUCGUACACUGUCCUUGUACGAGAUGACAGCAAAUCCGAUCAAAUCAAAACCGCGUUCCCAGGUAUCCGCAUUAUCAUUGGCAGUUUAGACGAUUACGAGCUCCUCAAGAAGGAAGCCGCGAGUGCUGAUAUUGUGCUUCACACCGCCGAUUCAUCCGACCAUGUUGUCGCUGCUAAUGCUAUUGCGGCCGGUCUUGCAGAAGGACACAAUGCCUCUAACCCGGGCUAUUGGCUGCACACCAGUGGAACUGGUAUCUUGACAUUUGCAGACUCCGAUCGACAGGUAUACGGCGAAUACGAUGACAAGGUGUAUGACGACUGGGAUCGGGUCGACGAGCUAACCCAUCUACCCGACCACGCCUUCCAUCGUAAUGUCGACAAAAUCGUGCUUGAGGCGGGCACCAAAUUUGCCGAUAAAGUGAAGACGGCAGUCUUGUGUCCGCCAACUAUCUACGGACCCGGUCGCGGGCCAGUCAAUCAGAGAAGUCGUCAGGUAAAUGCACUCGCGCGAGCAACCAUCCAGCUCAAAUUCGCGCCUAUCCUCGGCGCCGGGAAAUCCGUCUGGAAUAAUGUGCACGUCCACGAUCUCAGCAACCUAUUCGUUCUUCUUGCCGAUGCCGCCAUUGCAGGCAAAAACGAUAAUGGGCUAUGGGGUGCCAACGCGUAUUAUCUAGUUGAAAAUGGUGAACAUGUGUGGGGGGACAUUUCCCAUGCUGUGGCGAAAGAAGCUGCAAAGCAGGGAUUUAUUCCGGAGGCAAAGGUUGAACAUAUGGAUUUUCAAACGGCCGUCAAGUACGGAGGGUCGACCUGGGGAAUGAAUUCGCGUGGAACAGCGAAGCGUGCUAGCAAGUUAUUGGGCUGGAAGCCAGUUGGACCGAGCCUCUUGGAGGAGUUACCGGGUAUUGUGAAGGGCGAAUAUGAGGUACUACAGAAAUAACUUGCCAUGAAGAAUUGAAACUUUCUUAUUUGGGUUGAUAUGCAGUCUGGAACUCUUACGGUCAUUAGCGUAUGAGCUAUGUGUAUAUAUACGUAUGAAGAAAUAGAAAGGAGUCAGGUACAAUGAUGGGACUGGUCGCAGUCUGAUAAGGAGAGCUAAAUAGAAUGAUGUAGGAGAGGG